AUGCGCUUGCGCAGCCGCAUAGCGCGCGUGCCGGUGCGCAUGCGCCGACAGCGACAGACGGCAGACCACACUGGAACUCUUGAAGCCAUGAGAACUGAGCCUUCUGGGUCAACCUUGUUGACGCAUAAAACACGGAGUAGACAUGAAUUUGGAAAACAAGGAAAUAGAAAAAAAGAGAGCGUCUCGGUCGAAACGACAGAUAAUCGUAUUAGCCGGCCGCACCAGCGAAUAACUGAUGCGAAGCACUCGGUGCACCGACCCAAUGAGAUUGCGGUGUUUUUUCCACCGAGACUCCGCGGAGACAAACAAGGGAUGCAAAUUCAUGUUGACACUACGAUCCAUCUUGUUCGGUUCUCCGGAGACCCGACCGCGAGCCGUUUAGCGUAUUUCAAUAGUUAUCGCGUGGAGAAAAACACAAACGGGCAAGAGUGGUGUGGAUGUGCGAGCGAGAGGUACACUAACAAAGAAGUAAUAAAAAAGCGGUUGUGUGCGUGGUCGGAGUGUGGUGGCGUAGGGCGGCCCAGGCCCCUCCCUGAACCCGUCGCCGCCUCGACGCAGCCUGGCGACCGCCGCCUCAGUCUACCUCACAACCCAGAGACGAAACGGUCCGCUCUGCUGUACGAACCGCGCGUAAAAAGUUUACACAAUACUCCGAAACUUACGAUAGCUGUGACAGCACGAUUCAAUAGUCUUAAACUUAAACGGUUUUAUAAUAUUAUAGGAGUUGUGUAG